AUGGAAUUUCUUGGCUACUACAUGCUCAGUCAGACAGACAGACAUGGGGGCAAAUCCAUGAUCACCUUGUAGUAUUUCACUGGAUGCCUCAGAAGAGCAGAUGGGAAUAGUGAGCAGUAGAUAAGUGAUUUCAAGGGUUCCCAUACUCAGAUAAUUCCAAGGGACAGAUCCACGCCCCAUUUCAGAGUCAAGAUGGAGCUGCUGAAGGGACUGCCAUUGCGCCGUACUUUCCUGGCUGUCGUCCUCAACCUGCUGGCUCUCACCCUCUCCACCACAGCCUUGCUGGGCAGCUACUGGUGCACUGGGACCCAGAAAGUACCCAAGCCUUUGUGUGGGAAGAGCAAAGCCUCCCAGUGUGUGGGUGUGCCCAUGCCAUCUGAUGCAGACACGAGCAAUGUUUCCUCUGAGGACACGGUGCACUACAGCUGGGAGACUGGGGAUGACCGCUUUGCCUUCAGAUACUUCCACACAGGGAUGUGGCUUUCCUGUGAAGAGAGCAUGGAGGGGCCAGAAGAGAAAUGCCGCAGCUUUAUUGAGCUUUCACCACCAGCAGAGAGAGGAAUUCUGUGGCUGUCACUGGGAUCAGAGAUGCUGUACAUCAGCUUGCUGCUCAUCAGCUUCAUCCUCCUGAUGGUGGAAAUUCUGCACACUGGCAAUCCUGUCUGUGGGAUGAAGCUCAAUGCCUUUGCUGCUGUCUCCUCAGUGCUGUCAGGUCUCCUUGGGAUGGUGGCACACAUGAUGUACACUCAAGUCUUCCAGGCAACAGUUAAUCUGGGACCAGAGGACUGGAGGCCACACACAUGGGACUAUGGCUGGGCAUUCUACAUGGCCUGGGCCUCCUUCACCUGCUGCAUGGCCUCUGCUGUCACCACUCUCAAUACCUACACCAAGACGAUACUGGAGUUCAAAAGGAACCACAUCAAGGGAUACGAUGGGACCCUCAAGGAUCACCCUCAGCACCACCAGUGCUUCAUACAGCAAAUAAGCAGCUACUAUGAGCCCAAAGGCAAGGUCUUCCAUUCAGUCUCUGAGGGAGUUGACUUCUACACUGAUCUGCAGCAGAAAAUACUCCAGAGGGAACCAGAGCUGGACCUGGAUGAAGUCUUGGGCCAGACAAUUGGGGAGGAUCGCUGUUAG